UGCGCUUAGCUCUACCAUUCGAAAGAGCGGAAUGGCGGCGUUUCCAGCAGCAGCAGCAGCUUUCAUUUUUCUGUUACUUUUCCAGUCGAUUAGAGCAUUGGAAAUAUUAACAAAUAAAACUACCAAACCAAGAAAAUGCACUGCGGGUGACUGUUCUUUACACAAUGCAAAACUCAAGAAUUUUCUGAGCUCCGCAAUAACGGAGGAUUUUACAUCAGUGCUUGCAACUUCCGCACUUUCAGCAUUUAUUUCCAGCAACGUAGAGAUUGGCGAAAUUUUUUACAGGUGCGGACGCCUUUUCUACAGAAGCCACAAUCAAGCAAGUUUUGCUGAUGCCGCUCUAAUUUGCACCAAACGAAAAAUGCAACUGGUCACAGCAGAAGGAGGAGCGAACAACAUGAAUUGUCUUGUGCCCAAUUUGAAAAAAAUGUCUCUCGAGGAUCAAAAUAGCUACAAGUAUGCGUACAUCUGGACGAGUGGAAUGGCAGAAGGGAGGAGCUGCAGCAACGUGGCGUAUUCGUGGUGUGCGGGAAACAGAACCGUCAUCAGGCCCGAAGAAUUUAAUCUGCCCUUGGAGGUGAAUCGCAAGGAAAGAUGCCUGGUGCUGUCCAUGAUGACCAAGACACUCAUCCGCAUGGACUGCAAAAGGCAAAAUUAUUUCUACUGCGAGUACAAUUGCAAGACCGUCUCCUGCUUGAAGGAACAAAUCUGUGUUAAAAAUAGCUUGUAUUUUGACGGCUCAAAAAGGUUGGAGCGUGAUAAGUUAAAUGGCGUCUGGGCGGAGUGGCAGAAAAACUUCUGGAUCAGUGAGUUUUCAUUCACGACUUUCAUAUUUGGGAACAAAAAGGUAACCUGGACGGAAAACGUGAAGUUCUGCUGCAGCAUUGGAAUGAGUCCCGUCAGGGUCACAGAUAAAUUUCUAGCGGCCCUCAACUCCAACAAUGACAUCACCAUUUUCGAAAAUCCUGUGAAUGCCUCGGAAGACCGGGAGCUGAUUAAAACGAGCUUCUGGACGGCAGCGACUCGCCAAGGGUGCGCUGGACAAUACAGAUUCUGCUCUCACGACGACGUGGGUCCGUGGGACUCGACGGACGACUUCUGGGACAUGGUCAACCCGCGAGACGACGGCUCGUGUUUGGUCGUCGACAGGCAAUAUGCGAAAAAAGGGGUGCCGUUCGGGGUGCGCCAGGUGCAGUGCUCGUCACCUACAGGAAAUUUCGCUUGUCAGACGGACGGCAAAAGGGUCGAUGACGUAGUCAAUUCAGGAUCGGGGAAAACUGAUCAACAGAUUAAUAUUGCUUGUGAUCAACCCAAUUGUUCCAAAAUGAAGUUUUGCGAAAUAAAUGGAAAUUAUGCGGUUCCAUUCGAGAACAAGGAUGAGAGAGUUUUUUUGAAGCCUAACCGUCUGGGGGAGUGGAGGACGUCUUGCGGAGUGCGUUAUUUGUUUUACAAAGAAAAAUUGUCUUGGAAAGAUUCUCUCGAAUUUUGUUGUUCCUUGGGAAUGCGUCUCGUGUCUGUUCAGUCUUAUGAAAAGACAAUUUGCCUUGCCGACAUAAUACCGAAGAAAAGAGAAUUUUGGACAUCAGGGACAGACGAUGAAUGUAGCAAUGGCCGUUUCAGGUGGUGUUCUCCUGAGUUCAAGGACUGGGUUAAACUCAGUUUCAACUACUCUGACAACAAAAACCAGGCACAGUUUUGUUUAAAACUGAUAAACACAGAUGAAAAAGGGCCAACUCUGCACGCUGUCAAUUGCGCAAGUAACUUAUUGCAACCUAUUUGCGAGACUCGUUUACCGGCUGAAUCCUAUCUGAAAGAGAUUUUUAACGAAUGCAAAUUGACCCAUCGCGUCUCGGAACGUGAACUCGAAAAAUUCAAGAGUACAGGUUUGCUGGAUAGGCUCUCGUACAAAAUGAAAUGCUUUGCAACGUGCAUUGCCGAACUCUUAGGAUUGAUGUACGAAGGAGGAAAAUUUUGGGAGGACGAUGUAGAGAAAGCGAUGAGAAGAUAUAAAGGGUCUCAAGCUAUUGAAGAGGACUUUCGAUCGGUCGUGAAAAAAUAUCCGACCAGUCUUUUUAAAAAGGCAGCCGAUAAUUUGGACGCUCUAAGGAUAAUUAUGAUGGAAAAUAAUCAACAAGAGGCGUGGAAAUCCACUCUUCUCGUUAAUCAGGCGCUCGACAGAUUCUGGGAGUGUAACCGAAUGGUUCAGUCCAACCAGAAGCAAGGAGAAUGUACUUUCAUACACGAUUUCAUAAAGUGCUUCACCAGCGGACCUCCUUCAUUGGCAAAAUUCUGGGAAAUGGACUUGCGCAACCUAUUUGACUGGAGAGACUACGCUCUCAGCUUGCGAAUACCGAGCGGUUAUUACUAUAACGAUUCACUGAAGACAGGCAAAAACGUGUUAUUUGAAGGAGCCCCGGUUGAUCCAAACCCCCGGAGUUACGCAGUGUACGUGAAUAAACUGUCAAACUCUGAAGAAUUCGUCAGUUCUUCUUGUAACUUCAAAUAUUUCCGUCCUGAAAAUUUUACUCUUGAAGAUGCAUGCUCCCAAAUAGCGGAAAACUUUGAACAGACUCCCGUGGAAGGUUUUUAUGCGAAUAAAAUCACCGAUCCAAAAAAGCGAAUUCACCCGGCGGUUGCAGCUGCUAUGUGCGCCCGAGCAAACGGGACCUUGCCAGUAGUAACACUGUCCAGCCUCGCUUAUAUCAGAAUUUUAAAGGAAAUCUUGAGCAAAGUAACAACAAACUUUGUAGGAUCUAUGAUAAACCCCUAUGUUGUUAUGUCUGAGAUUUCUUUGAGUGAUGUUGACCUGGAUUCUUAUGACAGUGUCGUGCAAAAUAUCGGAAAAGCAUCUGUAAUCCUCGAUAAUUACUCUUUAAAAUACACCUCCGUUCUGUUGGAUGAAACUUUCACUGACUCAAGAGGAGUUGUUCGCUGGUGUAGCACAUCAGAGGAAUUACUCGAGUUUGCUGGUCAGGCAACAAGUGGAGCAACAGAUCGCUUUCUUUACUAUUCUUCUCAGGAUUAUAAAGAAGCUUAUUUAUAUUUUAGCUACAAAGAAUCAGCUCAGUAUCCUUUACUGAUGUUUUUCUGUCAAUUUGAUACUGAUUUCUUAUCGCUGUGCAAACAUAAAUUUUGAUUUUUUUUUUGUCUAUGAACCACCUAAAUAUUUUACUCGAUCACUUGUGAAUAAAAACAAAUUCGUUUUAAAAUUCCUGACGUAAAGGACUUGACACUCAUUAUGAGAGCAAAAAUCGGCUCUUAAUUGAAAGCGAGAAGCGGCCGGCCACUUUUGCUUCUCAUUUAGAGAGCAGAACUUCAUUUUCAAAGUCAUUUUCAGUCCGUUUGAUGAUCCGCUUCGCAGAAAAACUUGAAAUGUUGAUUGCGCACAACAUUAUUUUAGAAAAGAGCAUUCUUUUCAAUACUUUUGGGCAAUGCACUUGAUAAAAACCCUCCUCAAAACCGACUAAAAACGCCAGCGUGAGCCCUUGCCGCGGAAAACAGAGUUCGGACCAGCUGAAACACAAGCUUUAAAAUGUAAAAAUGACAUUGAUAGGCCGAUUUAAAUUACAAGUGAAAAGCAGCUUGCCAAAUCAAAAAGGAUGAAAAUUACUUAAAGGGAAAAGUGGCAGAACACACGCCGAGGACGGCUUUUUGCCGCUCCUGCCUUUUAUUUACUAAAAUGUCACAAAAAUUCGAUUUGGUUUAUUCCACAAAUUCUAUUCGUUGUUUUCAUGGUAAUGUUGGAUGCAAAAUAAUUCUGUCACCACAGCUUUUGUGCAGUGUAAACAGCAGCAGAGAGCAGGGAAUUGCCGAGCACUGCUACCUUGAACCUGGGUUAUGUGAUUCGAAUGCCCCAGGACAAGAAUUAAUUAACCAGUCUGUUUUCUUUAUGCGCGUAAUAAGUCGCGGGGACGAUCGCAUAGCUUGGUCGCAGUUACAAACGAAGUGCUCGAUAGUUGUCGUUUUCGCUUCUUCAGGUGUUUAAAUUCCUUUUUGUUUUUUAAAAUUUAUUAAGGAACUUUUGCCUAAAUGUUAAGUAAUAAAAUUUGAUUGAUCUAAAAUUUGAAA